GCUCGUACGCCGUGCGUUGGUAUUACGGUUACGUGUUACGCAAGAAGACCUCUUGCUGCGGAGAAGCCGCGUUGGUCCAGCGAAAACUUAGAACGACCGCGUCUAGCACAAGCCGGUGUUUGUUGAAAUCUAGCUUAUGUGUGAACUGUCCUACAUACGGGCUUGCACAAGUCGUGCGGCGGUUGUCAAAUGUUGGAGUAAGCUGUGAUUUUUAGGGCUACACAUGACAGUUGUCUUAUGUUCGAUUAACUUUGGAGUGCCGCUGCACAAUCGACUGGUGUCAAAGCGCUGAUGCGGCGGCGGCCGGCGGCUGGCCUGUUCUGAGGAGUGGAGCCGCCGCGGUAUCCUGCCGCCAUGGCCUCGGUCACGCUGGAGGAGUACGAGCUGCGCGCCGACUCGAAGUACCGCCAGUACAUCGCGGCGGUCGACAAGGCGCUCAAGAGUUUCGAGUACACCAGCGAGUGGGCGGAUCUCAUUUCGGCCCUGGGAAAGCUCAACAAGGUGCUGGUCUCCAACAUCAAGUACCCAGUGAUCCCGAGCCGCAUCGUCAUCAGUAAGCGGCUGGCGCAGUGCAUGCAUCCGGCGCUGCCCAGCGGCGUCCAUCUGAAGGCGCUCGAGUGCUACGACAUCAUGUUCAAGUGCAUGGGCACCAACCGGCUCAGCCAGGAGCUCUUCAUCUACAGCGCCGGUCUGUUCCCGCUGUUCGGACACGCCGCCAUGAACGUACGGCCCGCCCUGCUCACCAUCUACGAGACGCAUUUCGUGCCGCUGGGCCGCCGCCUGCGGCCCGGCCUGCGCGGCUUCCUCAGCGGUAUCCUGCCCGGCCUGGACGAGGGCUCCGACUACUUCGACAGGACGGCGGCGCUGAUACAGCGGGUGGCCGAGGGCGCUGAAACGGACUUCUUCUUCGGCUGCCUCUGGGACUGCGUGCUCUGCAACCCGGCCAUUCGCCUGCCGGCCAUCAGCUUCACACUCAUGAAGUUCAACAAGAAGCUUAGCAUGGAGGACCAGCUGUUCAUCAUGGGCACCGACCUGGACGUCACCGUGGGGGCGCUGUGCGCAGCCGUCCAGGACUCGAGCGUGCUGGUGCAGCGGUUCACGCUCGACCUGCUGCUGGCCGCCUUCCCGAUGCACAACAGUCAGCUGAUCCGCUCCGAUCUGGUGCGGCUGGUGACGGCGGCCGUGGCCGUCCUGCUGCGCCGGGACAUGUCACUCAACAGGCGCCUGUACUCGUGGCUGCUCGGCUCCGAGGUGGACGUCAGCGUGCUGCCCUCGGAGAACCCGGUGGUGAAGCGCACCGAGAGCGUCACCUCGGCCGCGUCCGGCGAGCAGGGCACCGCCUACUUCGACGCCUACUCCCGGCCGCUGGCCAUCGAUGCUAUCACGAACUGCCUGUGGACCAGCUCUGUGUCGGCCAGCCCAGACGUUCGGCCGUACCGGCUCAUUAUAUCGCUGCUGGACAAAGCCGAGAUCGGGCCGCCCCUCCUCGACUACGUCAUGAUCGAAGUGCUCAGGGCGCUGUACCACAACUACCAGUCGGCGGGCUCAGCGGCCUCGCCGUCGACGCGCCGCCCGGCCGACUCUAGCUCCCGCUCGAGCCAGAGCAGCGACGGCAACAAGCAGCAGCAGGACCUGGUCAAGACGGCCAACCUGCUGUUCGGCGCCCUUGAACCCCAUUACGUCUGGGACUACAUGAAGGUCAAGUACGGAGAGGCCUGCCGCCGAGUACGUUCUGCCCACGAUGACGUCGACGCGCCGGCGGCCGACGGCGGGCCGGUGCUGGCCGUCGGCGGCGGCGACCCGGACGUGGCCGAGUGCUGCGCGCUCAUCGUCUUCCUGCUGGACGUCAUCUCGACCGAGACGAGUGUCGAGGUGCAGACGGAGCACCUGCCGGACCUCGUCUGCUGCGUGCUGCAGAGUCUCAGCGUGACGCUGACGGAGGCGGUGGGCGCGCUGCGGCCGGCCGACCUCACGUGCUCGCUCGACAUCUGCCGCACCGUGCUGGACAAGGUGCAGCCGGGCCUGCUGGUGGUGCUCUCCUCGUUCCCGGCGCUGGACGAGCCGGACGAGCCGCCGCCGUCGCCCGCACACAGUGGGCUGCCGGUGACUGGGUACCGUUGUCCAGAGUCGGAGGGCGUGUCGUCGCUGCCGGCCUGGCUGCUCUCGCUGCUGGCGGUGGCCUGUUUCCUGCCGGCGCAGCGGCCGGCGCACGAGUGCGGUAUCCAGCUGAGCGCCGUCUCCACGCUGCUGGACCUGGUGGCGCUGGUCAGCUCGGUGGGCGGCCGGCCCGGCGCCAGCGCCGCCGUGCGGCCCCUGCUCACCGUCCAGCAGCACCGCUGCCUGCUCCAGGACACGGUCGUCACGCAGUUGCUGACGCGGCGCCUCUGGAGGCUACUGUCGCCGGACCGGCCCGACCUUCACCUGCCCUGCGUCGACCUCAUGCAGCUGAUGCUCAGCCUGCUGCCCGCGCAGCUGGUGGAGAACCAGCUGGCCGCCGAGAUGACUCAUGCUGACCUCAGCGUCAGGAUGGACGCGUUCAGCCGGUUUGCCAUCGUGUGGCACCUGAGCCGGGAGGUGUCGGCGCGCCGCCACAUCAGCCGCUCGUUUGACCGCUGCUUGCUGCUGAUGCUGGACAGCCUGCGCGACCCCAGCGGGCCGCUCCACUCUGUGGCGCGCACGUGGCUGACGCACACCCUCCAGCGUGGUGACGUCACCAGGAUCAUGGAGCCGCUGCUGCUGCUGCUGCUGACGCCCAGCACGGCCCGCGUCAGCGUGCAGCACAUUAACGUCAGCGCUGAGCCGCCCGACGCCGGCGACGCUGACGACCUGGGCCGCGUGUACGCCAUCAGCUCUGUUGAGGGUAACGUCAUCUACCACGUGUCGGACGAGGCGUCGCCGGGCCGGCCGGCGCGGCGGCCCGGGGACGGCCGCAAGCUGCUGGCGCUGACGUCGCUGGGCCGGCCGGGCGGCGCGCCCCAGACGCGCGCCGGCACCGUCCGGCUGCCCGGGCCGCACGCACUCAGCAGUGCCCUCCUGCAGCCCAUCUCGGUGUUCGUCAACCCGAUCACAGUAGGCGACUCCGACGGCGAGUCUGCAGAGCCGGCGGCGCCGCGCCAUCUGGACCUGUCGUCGGUGCACCGGUUCGUCGGCGAGCGUCGCGCCAGCCACGACUCGGCCGACUCGGCGCUGUCCGGCCGGCCCGAGCUCGCUGACUCGGACAAGUCCGGCUCGCUGACACCGUUCGAGGGUCUGUCACGCCUGUUCGCCGCCCAGGAGGAGAGCGUGGCGGUGGCAGCCGGCAUCGUCGGCGAGAUCGUGGAUGCCGCGCUCGAUAAAUGCAAUCUCAAGGAAACUAAAUGGACAGAUAAGAAAGACGUGGAGCAAAGCCAAGAGAAGCUGAUUCACCCACUGCAUACCUUCAUGCUCCUCUAUUGUCAGGUGUGCGACUCGCGGCGGAUCCUGUACGCGCUGCAGACGCUCCGUUCGGUGAUGGAGACGGACUGUCGGCUGACGCUGUGCAGCCUAGCCACCACCAGCGUCUGCUCCUCCUCCGCGCCGACCGCCGGUAACAGGAGUCACCAGGUGAGCAGCGGGGGCUGCCAGGGGAACAGGAGUCACCAGAUCCAGCUGCUGCUGUCGUGUCAUCGGCGCUCGGUGCAGGGCCGGCGGUUCGGCGGCGAGCCGCACCCGGAGGCGCUCACCGCCUACCGCAGCUCCAUGCUGCUCGAAGUGGUCAUGUCGCAGUGCGUGCAGUUCGUUCGCAGCUACUACCCCAAUCUGGAGGCGUCGGCCGUCAGCACCGAGCAGCUGCAGGCCAACAGACAGGUACAAAUAGUCUCGGCCGAGAUCCUGACCUCCAUGUUCUCCGAGCUGGUGACGGUGGUGCGGUCCAGCGGUCGCGGCUUCGCCACCUACCUCGCCGACCUUCUCCAGCGCUGUAAGGUACAGAAGACACUUCUCAACUGUCUGCUGUCGACGGUGCACUCGCUGCGCGCCGGGCCCCGCGCGGAGACCACGCUCACCGAGGACAUCAUGGACUUCAACGAGGUGUGGCCGCCGGCGCCGACUGAGGGCGCCGAGGCCGGCCGCCAGGCGGCGUCUCUCAGCUUCACCGAGACGCUGCAGAUUCAGCUCAUCAGGCUGGUGCUGGCGCUGCUCAUCCUCGAGGACCAGACGGACCAGAUGAAGACGGACGUGGAGGCGGCGGCGCAGCCGGCCGGCCGCGUCGCCUCGCCACCCGCCUCCGAGGCGGCCAAGUUCUACCCGGGACACCCGAUCUCGGCGCAGCCCAUGCUGCUCAACGCCAUCACGGGCGCCCUCAAGCAGGACCACACCCGCCACCUGCACCACCACUGGCUGUCGUUGGUGACGUCGUCGCUGCCGUUUAUCCGCCGCCCGCUGCCACACAUCGUCACCUCCGUGGUGACUCAAGUCGUGCAGAACGUGGAGCAGCUGGCAGCCCUCUACGAGUCCGAGGACAGGCUGACGACGGGCGCCUGCGUGCCUCCUGACCACAUGGUCUACCUGGUGGAGUCGCUGACCGUCAUCUGUCACUUCUGCAUGAUCGACUCCAGCCAGCAGGCGACGUCGAGCGUGCAGUCGGCGGCCGCUGCCGACGCGCUGCACACCUACUCGGCCGGCACGUCAGCGCCGCAAGUGCUCAGCAACCUGCUGCACGUGUUCACCACGGCCGCGCCGCUCAAGCUGUCCGGUGGCGCCGGCCUCGAGGUGACGCGGCGUCUGUGGCGGCGCCGGCAGGACGAGGCGAGCCGCGAGCUGACCACCGAGUCGCUGCUGAACGCCCGUCGACUGCUGCUCAACAGCCUGCCGCGCAUCAUGGUGGGCACGGCUGCGCUCUGGCACGCCGUCACUGGCAACGGCGCCAGGGAGUCUGGCUCCUGGAUCCUAGGUGUGCCUCGCGUGGUGAAGCAGCAGGUGCUGGAGCUGCUCUCGCCAAUCUCGCACCACCACCCGGCCAGCUUCGUGGCCGCCGUGGCCGCCGCCUGGCACGAGCGACGACUGCGCGGACAGCAGAAACAGAGUAUCCCGGAGUUCUGCGAGGCGCAGCUGAUCCUGGUGGACCUGGUGUCGUCGAUACGCGUCAUCCCCAUGGACAGCCUGGUGCAGACGGUGCGCUCCGUAGUCCGCCAGCCGCCCAACGUCGUGCCACACAAGGCAUCGCUACCCACGGCGGCGCUGCAGUUCCUGCUGUGUUACCUGCGCUCGGUGGCGGCGCCGCUGCUGGCCGAGUGCUGGGCGUCGCUGCUGCAGCUGCUGCGCGACGCGCCGCAACUGGCGCCGCCCGCUCAGUUCCUGCUGCUGGCUGUGCUCAACGAGUACGUGCAGCGCGCGCCGCCGCUGCCGGAGAAGAAGGACCAGCGCGACCUGCAGGAUGUGGCUGCCAAGCUGGUGGAAGCGUGCAGCGCCGUGGCCGGCGCCUGCCUGGAGCAGACCACCUGGCUGAGGAGGAACCUGGCGGUCAGGUCAGUCUAUGACGUCUGUGACGGUGGGUCCCGGCCAGGUCACGCCCCGGAGGCGCAGUGGAGCGUGCAGGCGCUGCGGAUCCUGGCCGAGCUGCUGGCGCCGUUGCUGGACGUGCUGUACCAGUCGGACGAGAAGGACCGCGUGCUGCCGCUGCUUCAUGGCGUCAUGUGUCACGUGACGCCCUACCUGAAGAACCACAGCCGGGCGAACGCCGCCUCGUUCCUGGCGUGCUCGCAGCUGCUGGCGGCCCUCUCCGAGUACCAGUACUCACGCCGAGCCUGGCGCCGCGAGGCCUUCGACCUGCUGCUCGAGCCGGCCUUCUUCAGCAUGCAGGAGCAGUGCCUGCCCUUCUGGCGCACCACCAUCGACAACAUGAUGACGCACGACAAGACCACGUUCAAGGAGCUGCUCGCGCGCGUGGUGGUCUCGCAGCCGGGCACGCUCAACCUGUUCUCGUCUCGCGAGGCCGAGUACGAGCUGCGCGCCCAGCUGCUGAAGCGGCUGGCAUUCGUAGUGUUCUGCUCAGACGAGGACCAGUACCAGCCGCAUCUGCCCGAGAUCCAGGAGAAGCUGGCGGAGAGCCUGCGGCUGCCGCAGGUGGCGCCCUCCAUCCAGUCGGCGGUGCUGCUCUGUUUCCGCGUGCUGCUGCUGCGCAUGUCGCAGCGGCACGUGGUCUCGCUCUGGCCGUCCAUCAUCACCGAGAUGGUGCAGGUGUUCCUGCAGAUGGAGCACCAGCUUAGCAUGGAGACCGAGGAGUUCAGUCAGCACAUCAAGCGUAUGUCGGCGCUCGACUCGUCGUGGGUGCUGAACAGCACCAACGGUCUGGCGGCCAACAGUCACCCGGGCUGGCUGCAGCUGCACCUGGAGGCCUGCAAGCUGCUCGACAUGUGCCUGACGCUGCCGGCGCAUCGGUUACCGCAGUUCCAGAUGUACCGGUGGGCGUUCGUCGGCUCCGGCGGCCAGCAGCCAGCGCCGGCCGCCUCCGAGGCCAAGGACCAGCUGCUGCCGCGCGACUUCGUGCCGCACGUGACCCGGCUCACCCACCUCGUGCUGGACAAGUGCCGUGGCUCGCCGCCGGCGCCGCUGCAGGCCGGGCCGUUCCGCCGCUCGAUCCGCUUGACGUGA